CCGCCAUUUAUUCAGAUUUUAUCAGCAUCCUGUGAGAAAAUUAAUCUGAGAAUAUUUUUUUGCUGUUCCUAGGAUAUCUGAGGCACAACCCUUUAACCAUUUUUUUCUACCUUUUUUUUCAUUUAUCCAUUAUGGAUUCCCAAGAAGUGUGUGGGCCUAAUUCAUCUGUGCAGAAUGGAUUACGAAGGAUGUCCAGAAGACUACUCGGGCAAUUUGGUGGAUUCGAAGACCAACCUGAUCAUCAACUACCUGCCCCAAACCCUCACAGAUGAGGAGUUCAGGUCCAUGUUCCUCAGCAUCGGGCCUGUCAAGAUGGCCAAGAUAGUCCGAGACAAGAAGACGGGGUACAGCUAUGGGUUUGGUUUUGUUGACUAUGAUAACGAGAACGAUGCAGAGAGAGCCAUCACCACCUUGAAUGGUCUUCAGAUGCAACACAAGAGGAUAAAGGUGGCGUUUUCACGCAAGGGGGACUCUGGGGAAACGGUAAAGGGAGCUAACCUGUACAUACGUAGCAUUCCUUUGUACUGGGGGGAGAACGAACUAAACAACUAUUUCAGUCCAUACGGUGAUAUUGUACAAAGUCGAGUCCUUGUAGAUUUGAACACAGGAAUUUCCAAAAGGGUCGGCUUUGUUCUUUAUAGCAAGAGGUCGGAGGCCGAAACUGCUAUUGAGUACCUGAAUGGAAAGGCCCCACCAGAUUCCCCGGACAACCUGCUGAUCAAGUUUGCCGACGAUAGUUCCAAGAAGGUCAAGGCCCCAUCAAUGCCUCCACCCCCUCCACCGUUCCAAGGGAUGGGCUUCAAACCACGCUUCAACUCGCCAGGACCAAUGAGGAGCCAGAGAAGCCGACCCCACUUCAACCCGAUGGGCAGUCAGAAUGGAAAUGGUAGUAGCUAUGGGGGUAGCCAGCAUUCUCAGUACCACGGUCAAGAUCAGGACGAUGAGAACGAUGGACAUGUUCUGUUUGUGUACAACAUCGGCACCGAGGCCGAUGACCGAGUGCUGUGGGAACUGUUUGGGCCAUGUGGCACCGUCAGCAAGGUUACAGUUAUGAUGGAUCAGGCUAAGGGCAUCUGUAAAGGCUUUGGCUUUGUCACCAUGCCUAAUUACCAGGAGGCAGAGUAUGCCAUCAGGGCCCGUAACGGCAUGUGGUAUAAUGGCAAGCAGUUGCAGGUUUCAUUUAAGAAAUGAUUUGGAAUUUGUUAUUCAAUUGUUACAUGAACUUUUAACUAAGGAACCACAGAAUUGAUCAUGAUCGGUAAAAUGUUACACUAAUCUUAUUGUUGACAUUGGUUAAUAUGGAUUCACUGAGGAAGGUUAAGGCUUAAAAAAAUAUAAAAAAAUUGGUUCUCAGGCAAUCAUUUUUUAAAAACAUAGUGCGGGUGGGAAGUGUUUUUUUCCCUUUUUGGGGGGCUUGUUCAAACUAGCAUGUAGCCAAAUAAACAGUUUGUGUACAAUCCACCUGGGAAAUGUCCUCCCUACAUAAACAAUCAUACAGACUCCUAUUGCCGCUGACCAUAACACAAGAUGCGCAGUAAAGCAGUGCGCAUGUAAAGGGAAGUAACUGCAUGCUCUAUUGGAUCGCAAUGUUUUUAAGUCCCAGUGUAUUAGAAUUUAUAUAUUUUUUAAAACGAAACAUGCGACAGACUUGAGUAUGUUGCGGGCGGUGCCUGAGAACCAAGACCAUUUGUUAGCUUAAAAGUAAGUUAAGGAUGUCAGCCGGUAUGGUUUUGUGUUCAACUGUUGUGUAUGAGGGUGCUUCUACAUGUCUUAUAUAUCUAUCACAGACAUGAAGUGGUGCAGCUGAUGACUAAGGACUAAGUCAAAUUUUGAAACACCAUGUAUAUACCAAACAAAAACAAAUUAUUCCAAUUAUGUCAAGGUCUCCUAUUAGGUAAGUAUGACAUCAUUGCAUAGUAAUCUUGUUUACCAUGGAAUGCCACUUCACAUUAGAGGUAAAGACAUAAUUGCAAAACUUGUUACCCAUUUGCCUAAAAAAUUGGCACACAAAUGUUCAAAAAGUUUUCAUGCUGAAAAGUGAUGCUUAUAUUUUUACACAUUGUGAUCCAUGUUAUAUGUUCAUAAUGUUGCGUCAGCCAAACAGAUGAAGGUGAAGGGUGAUAAUGUUUACCAAUUGUUGCCAUGGUAACACUCACUAACAGUGUCUAAGUAUUGGUAACAUACAUAUGGGUAGUACCUUGAGUUGAGUUGAGUUUUUGGUGAAUGGAUCCAUCAUAUUUAUUGUAAAACACUCAUUCUUUAUAGGAAACUUGAAAAAUUGUCUCUUAAAAUACCAAAAAUAAUUCAUACUAUGGCAGAAAAGCAUUUGUUCGAUGCAUAGAUUUAUGUACAAGUACAAUUCAUUAAAUCAGAUUUCUGUGCUCAAAGCUUUGUGUCGUGGUAGCGAGCGCCAGGAUCUGAUGGUGAGGAGGUGCAUUCAAGUAAUUACCAUGGCUUAGUUCCACUCCAAGUUUAAGGUUUAUAGAAUUUACCUUUAUGUGGUAAUCAGUGCAUUAUGUGUACUUAAAUUGAUAAGUAUUUGUAUUAAAUGUGGACAAUCCAUACUUGUACUUAUGUCAAUAAUUUCACCAUGUUAAUAAUAUACCAACAGUCAUGCUCAAAUUGUGGAAGCAGAAAUAAAUUUAAGAGGAGUAUGGAACUUCUCAUUGACAGUGGUAUUCGCCAAGUUUGCUAUUAUUCUGGAAUAUGAUUCCUGUUUUUGUCAUGUUUAAAUGUUAAAAUGCUUAUAGUAUGUUUUAGUAUGAAAAAUUCAUGACAAAUGCAUGACAUGUUCAAUGUUAAACAGAUGGCUUUCAUUCAAGUUCGUGCCUACUUUUUGAUGUGAGAAUCAUGUUUAUUUGUUACAGUUCUGUUUUUCUGAGUUUGAGCAGGUGACACAAAUAUGUAUAAUGCCUGCACAUUUCAUGCAGAAUUUGUCAAAAUUGGAUGUGGAAUCCAUAAGGGAUAUGAUAGUUUCAAUGUUGUGUUAUGAUGGGUUUAUCAUACGGCCAUGAAGAAGUAUAUUUUCAAAUGUUUUUUUCAGUCCAAGUAAUUUUUCUGAGAUUAUGCAAUUCCUCUAAGCAUGAUGAUCAUGAUAAUGAAGGACAUUGCAUUGUUUGGUAUCCAAUGUCUAGUGCAUAAAUCAAAUAGUUACUAGUUUUCAUCAUCUGAAUGACAACUCAUCCAAAUUUUAUGUUUUUGUUUUUUUCUCAACAAUGUUUGUUAGACUUGAAUUCACGUGAAGAGUUUGCAGGUGUUAUGAGUAUUUGCUGGAACCGGAAACUGUACAACAUAUGGUCAGAUAUAUACUUUUUAGGGUUGAUAAUUUUGGUCAGUUUGUUAAAAUAACGAAAUGUUGAUGAUUUUGGAGAAUUGUUGUUCACUGUUCAUCAUUGAAGCAGGAGAGGAAGUUAAGCAAGUAAACGUGUUCCACGACACCUGGCAGCGGUAGAAACUAACAGUUUCAGUUUACUAGUCCUUAUAAUGAUAACAUAUAGCAAAACCUUUAAAAAUGGCUAAUUUCUACUAGUCCUUAGGAUACCUUUACUAUUGGGCAGUUUGGCAAGGACUAUAUGACUAGUGCCAAUUUCUAACCCUGCCUGGAUAAUCACAUCAGCAUUAAUAAAUCGUUUUUAAAACACUUGAACCAAACGUUGGUAUAACAGCGGUUGAAACUAACAGUUUUAGUCCACAAUGUUAUAAUGCUAACAUAUUGCAAAACUAUUGGGCAGUUUGGCAAGGACUACAGGAGUGCCAAUUUGUAACACUGUAUAACAAUUUCAUACAGUAUUGUAGUACAAGAAUGUCAAUACGAUACAUCAGUUGGGCCACAUCCUUACAACACAAGUAUCAUCCUGUUGAUCACAUUCAUGUAGUCACUAUCAGCUGAAUCAUAAUUAUGAUUGCCAUCAACAUUUGGCAACCUCUCUUGGCGGGUGCUCAUUUGUCUCAAUUCUUCACUGUUUUUUCAGCCAUUUUGUUAUAGAUGAGAUUUGCUUGAAGCCAAGCAUCCUGAUUUACAAGAUUUCAUUGUAAUAAUUUGUAUAAACAGGGAUGAGAUUUUACCUCGGAUUUGUAAGAUCAAUACAUAGAAAUAUCCCAAUGAAAUCCCCCAGUCCCCUACUCCCCAGUGUUUUAUGGAAAAAACCCAUCUCAUCCCUGGAGGUUUCAUGAUUAUUUUCGAUCAGUGGUACACAUACUCAUUGUUUCAAAGCUUUAAAAAAUUCAAUUUUAUUUAUUUAUUUUGUUUACUGUAUGCAGGUCUGAAAGCACUUGGGAGGGUAAAUUCUGUGAGAAAGGUGAUAACUCCAGUAUUGCUUGUAUUAUCAAUGAAUUUGAUAUGAUUCUCAUCGCGUUCAACUGUUCUUGUUGCUGUACAGAAUAAUUGUUGAAAUGUGGCUUUUAUUUCUUGAGUGUAUAAACCAUGUGAACACUGGUGAAGAAUACAUUACUUUGAAGUAUU